UGCACUUCCGCCAUAGGUAGUCCACAGUUCAGCAUCAUGGUCAUUUUAGACAGAAACUUUGGUGAAUAACAGUUGCUUUCCAUGGAUUAAUAAGCUGGCUGGACUGAACUGGUGCCUUUAACAUCAUGAUCUAUAUCCUGAUGGGAGUGUCUGGGUGUGGAAAGAGUUCUUUAGGUGCUGUCCUCUCUCAAAAGUUUGGUUGGCCCCUUCAUGAAGGAGAUGAGUUUCACCCUCUGGAGAACAUUGAGAAGAUGGCCCGAGGAGAGGCUCUCACUGACCAGGACAGGUUUCCUUGGCUCCUCAGACUGCAUGAAGUCAUAGAGAGAGAGCGAUGUUGUGGCGGUAACGCUCUGGUUGCUUGCUCCGCUCUCAAACGCCUCUACAGACAGAUCCUUCUCUACGGCACCAGAGCCUUCACCUGCUCUCAGUCAGGUUCUCAACAGGAAGUCCCGCCUCCUCCUCCCCUUCCUCCUGCCUGUUCGGACAUCUGCUUCCUUUUCCUACACGGAGAUUAUCAUGUGAUCUAUCAAAGACUGGCCUCUCGAAAAGGUCACUAUAUGAAAGCUAUCCUGCUCCGGUCUCAGUUUGACACUUUAGAGCCUCCAUCAGAUGAAGAGAACGUGCUGUCUUUGGACAUAACCACAAACACAAUCACAGACAUGGUGGAAAAAGUGGAGAAGCAUCUAAUGAGCCGUAAGAAACUCUUAUUGGUCUAAACAAAGGUGUAACAUGUGACAGACACAAUACACAAUACACUCAGCAGUUACCAUGGUGAGAUAAAGCACACAUUAGAAAACACAGCCAAAAAGUUUUAAAUGGUCUGAAUAAUAUAAAAAAUGUAUUUAAACAACACAUUUUCAGGUGCCUGUAAUCAAUCUGAGCGUCCAUGGUUCUGUUUAGGUCUUUUAUUUAUCUUAAAGGUAAGUGACUAUAUGAAAAACUGUUCUUAAUGCUAGCUAGCUUGUGACUGUAAUGUUAUUUGAGAGGGACUUCGUUAACAGCACGGUUCAGCUCUCCUUUUGUAGCUCCAACUAGGUCAGUUCUUUAUGGUCAGACUGUGUUAAAACAAAGCUCAGAGUCUAACAUGAGAAACAAAGCUUCAGACAGAGCAGUGCCUCUAGUUAGCAUCACAUCCUCUGGGAAUGUUGAUGACAUCAGCUGCAAAGAAUUAUUUAGUCAGAAGGUACAUUAAUAUGGCUAGUAAAAAUCAGAUAAUCAGAAUAAUCAAAUAUCGCUAUACAGUAAUUAGAUCAGAUUUUGUAUGAGCACAAAAGACAUGAUCCUCAAAACACCUGGUGACAAUUAAAGGUUCAGUAUGUCACUUUCUGCAUGAUUCUAAGGAAAGUUAAAACCAUACUUUGGCAAACAAUUGAUCUAUCGCCAUGGAGAUUAUAGCCAAAGGAACUUUUCCAUGGACGCAAGCAGGAGGAGGUCCUCCUUCAAACAAAAUCAGAGUCAUGUUUACGGACCACUCAUAGUAAGGACAUGUGACAUGCAGUGAACACAACAGUCGAUUUAUUUUUUGCCUAAAACGUUAAUUGGUGGAUUUUAUGAGUAAAUGUGGUAUUUGGAAGACAUAGUACACUGAAUUUUCAAAUAAUUAUUUCAGUUUUGUCAGAUAACUCGCAUAGAUAACAUUUCAAUAAACUGAUAAUUCUAAAAAUCAGAUUAUUGAUCAGAUCUUUGGUGUGCAUUUAAACAGCCAGUGUUCGUGGCCCAGGUUUGGUCUACCUUCUAAACUUCUGUGCAACAAGAUACUUUCAUAUCAAAAAGUAAAUUUUAAGUGAAUAUGGUAGCUAAAUCUCUUAUCAUUUCAGUUGUGUGGUUUGCAGUGUUUUUGAUACUGUGAUGAAGGGGUAAUUAAUGCAUUUUACUAGAGCCUUUACACUAUGAAUUAAUUAUUGUGAUAUUUAUUGUAUUUUUAUUUUGAGUUUUGGUAACAAAACUGGAUGUUUCAUUACAUAAGUGGACAUAAUCAGUCUUAUAUAACUGUUUUAAAUAUUUCUAGGCAAUAAACACUGUGAUGUUCUUUU